UCCACUGGGACCAUUAGUGAUCUAUACUAUUCUCUACCUUUGUUAUCCAUUUGCCCGCCAAUCGGAAUAACCCCGUGAUUUGCUUUCUUCAGAAAAAAUAAGUCCAUGUGGUUACACCUAUUAGAUAUCUUAGUCCAUCAUUUUCCAAAUUUCUAAUAUUAUUUUUUUAUUGACUUUGCCCUAAAAAAGCCAUACACCUCUGUCCUCUAGUAUAAGAAUAAAUCAACAAGAAGAUCAAAUGGUGAAUGAACUACCUGAAAACACACUACCAAAUCUUAAGCUAAUACUCUUUGCUGAUGGUUGAACUCCAUCAUCUAAUGGCUUCUUCAUCAAAACCUGAAAGGAUUUACCAUGUGUUCUUAAGUUUCAGAGGUGAGGACAUUCGGAACAACUUUCUCGGUCAUCUCUACGAAGCUCUUAACCAAAAAGGAAUCUACACUUAUGUUGAUAGCGAGGAGCUCAGGAAAGGAGAGCAAAUAGUGCCAGCACUUAUGAAGGCAAUCGAUGAAUCACAGAUCGCAUUAAUUGUUUUCUCUGAGGAUUUCCCUUCCUCAUGGUGGUGUUUGGAAGAGGUGGCGAGAAUCAUGGACUGCAAGAAAGAAAGAGCUCUCUUGGUCUUUCCCUUGUUUUACAAAGUGGAACCUAGAGAAGUGAAAACACCAAGAGAGAGGUAUAGAGAAGCUAUGAUUAAGCAUGAGUCCAAGUUCGGGAAGGAUUCAAAGGAAGUGAAGAGAUGGGAGAAAGCUCUUUCCGAUGCUGCUAACUUGUCCGGGUGGCAUUUGAAAGAUGGAGAUGAGUCAGAGCUUAUAAAAAGAAUUGUGACGGAAAUCUCCACUCACCUAGACCGAACACUUCUGCAUGUUGCUACACAUCCAGUUGGGAUAGAUUCCCGAGUGGUUAAGUUAAAAUCGAUGUUAAACCUUGAGUCUGAUGAUGAUGUUCUCAUGGUAGGAUUGUGGGGACAGGGAGGCAUAGGAAAGACGACUUUAGCCAAAGCUGUUUAUAAUGAUAUUUUCAAUCAAUUUGGGAAUUCAUGUUUUUUGGCGAAUGUUCGAGAAGUUUCAAAAGAUUGCAAGGAUUUAGUAACUUUGCAAGAAAAUUUACUAUUUGAGAUAUUAGCACUGAAAGAAAGAUUAGUAGUGUCCAAUGUUGACAGAGGUAUUAAUCUAAUACAAGAAAGACUUUGUCACAAAAAAGUUCUCCUCAUCCUUGAUGACGUGGAUGACUUGCGCCAAUUACAUGCUUUAGUAGGAGAAGGUAAGUGGCUUCGUAACGGGAGCACGAUCAUUGUUACUACAAGAGAUAGCCAUUUGCUAACUUAUCUCGGGAUAGAUCAAUAUCAUGUGUACGAGAUUAGAGAACUGGAUGACAGUGAAGCUCGUGAGCUGUUUAGUAAGCAUGCUUUUCCGACACACCAAAAAUUUAAAAUCAGGACAGAUCUAGUGGAUAGUGUUCUAAAUCAUGCUAAAGGCCUUCCUUUAGCACUUGAGGUGCUAGGUUCCUUCUUACGCGGUAGAAGAGAAUAUGAAUGGGAAAGUGCACUGGAUGAAAUUUCUACGGCUCCUAAAAAAGGCAUCAAUGAUGUGCUCAAAAUAAGUUAUGAUGGACUAGAGCCAAAAGUGAAAGAGAUCUUUCUCCACAUUGCCUGCUUCUUUAAGGGCUGGGAUAGUGAGUAUGUAAAGAAAGUUCUCGACAGUUGCGAUCUUAAGGCAGUAAUAGGAUUACAAAUUCUCAUGGAGAGGUCCUUGAUAAGAAUUGAGUCCAAGAACAUACAAAUGCAUGACUUGAUUCAAUUUAUGGGUAUGGAUAUUGUGAACCAAGAAAGCGAUGAUCCCGGGAAACGCAGCAGACUAUGGUUGUAUGAUGACGUUGUCGAUGUUCUGUCAAGUGACACGGAAGAUUGUGUUGUAAAAGCCAUAGUGGUGGAGCCACCUGAGCCGAUAGAAAUAUGUAUCAAUCCUGAUGCUUUUACAAAACUGAGAAGUUUGAGAAUGCUCAUUUUGCAAAAUGUGCAUAAUUCUUUCCAAGGUCCUAUAUGGCUUCCUAAUGAGCUAAGAUGGUUUCGAUGGGAUAGAUGUGCUCCUCGGAUUCUAGAAUUUUCUUCUGGUAGAAAGAAAUUAGUGGGACUUGAUAUGAGCAAUUGCAGUAUCACAGUAGUGCCAAAUCAAUUUAAGGUGAGCAUUUACCUACAUUAGCCCUUUUGAAUUCAAUAUAUGAAAUUUGUAUUUUCUUUCCCAUGUUUUUCAAAGUUGGUUUCAUUGUCUUUGAUAAACUUCAACAAAUUUUAAAUUUUAUUGAUUUUUGGGAAA